GCGUGGUAGGAAGUGGUAGCCGUCAAUCACAAGGGGAGACUCCAAACAGUGAGGCUUGAGCUGGAGAACAGCGUUUACCGGCGGGGCGGCCGGUUUAGCGAAUGAAGCUAUGGCUACAGAUUCUCCCCGAAGACCCAGUCGUUGUACUGGUGGAGUUGUGGUCCGCCCCCAGGCUGUCACGGAGCAGUCCUACAUGGAAAGUGUUGUGACUUUUCUACAGGACGUUGUGCCACAGGCUUACAGUGGAACACCUCUAACAGAAGAAAAGGAGAAGAUAGUCUGGGUCAGAUUUGAAAAUGCAGAUUUAAAUGAUACAUCAAGAAAUCUGGAAUUUCAUGAAAUACACAGCACUGGGAAUGAGCCACCUCUGCUGAUUAUGAUCGGCUACAGUGAUGGAAUGCAGGUCUGGAGCAUUCCGAUCAGUGGGGAAGCACAGGAGCUCUUUUCUGUUCGACAUGGCCCCAUUCGAGCGGCUAGAAUCUUGCCUGCUCCGCAGUUUGGUACUCAAAAGUGUGAUAACUUUGCUGAAAAAAGGCCCCUCCUUGGUGUUUGUAAGAGCACUGGAUCUUCUGGCACAAGUCCACCUUACUGUUGUGUAGAUCUCUAUUCACUUCGUACUGGGGAGAUGGUCAAGUCUAUUCAGUUUAAGACACCUAUCUAUGAUCUCCAUUGCAACAAACGGAUCCUCGUUGUAGUCUUACAGGAGAAAAUUGCUGCCUUUGAUAGCUGUACUUUCACAAAAAAAUUUUUUGUCACAAGCUGCUAUCCUUGUCCAGGGCCCAACAUGAAUCCUAUUGCCCUUGGGAGCCGCUGGCUUGCUUAUGCAGAAAACAAGCUGAUUCGAUGUCAUCAGUCCCGUGGUGGAGCCUGUGGAGACAACAUUCAGUCUUACACUGCCACAGUCAUUAGUGCUGCUAAAACACUGAAAACUGGUUUGACAAUGGUCGGGAAAGUAGUGACUCAGCUGACAGGCACACUGCCUUCAGGUGUGACAGAAGACGAUGUUGCCCUCCAUAGUAAUUCAAGGCGGAGUCCUUUGGUUCCAGGCAUCAUCACAGUAAUUGACACUGAAACAGUUGGAGAGGGCCAGGUGCUUGUGAGCGAGGAUUCUGACAGUGAUGGUAUUGUGGCCCACUUUCCUGCUCAUGAAAAACCAGUGUGCUGUAUGGCGUUUAAUACGAGUGGAAUGCUUCUAGUCACAACAGACACCCUUGGCCAUGACUUUCAUGUCUUCCAAAUUCUUACUCAUCCUUGGUCUUCAUCACAAAGUGCUGUCCAUCAUCUGUAUACUCUUCACAGAGGAGAAACUGAAGCCAAAGUACAAGACAUCUGCUUCAGCCAUGACUGUCGCUGGGUCGUGGUCAGUACUCUCCGGGGGACUUCCCACGUUUUCCCCAUCAACCCUUAUGGUGGCCAGCCUUGUGUUCGAACACAUAUGUCACCACGAGUUGUGAAUCGUAUGAGCCGUUUCCAGAAAAGUGCUGGGCUGGAAGAAAUUGAACAAGAACUGACGUCUAAGCAAGGAGGUCGCUGUAGCCCUGUUCCAGGUCUAUCAAGUAGCCCUUCUGGAUCACCUCUGCACGGGAAACUAAACAGCCAAGACUCCUACAAUAAUUUUGCCAACAACAAUCCUGGCAACCCCCGGCUCUCUCCUCUUCCCAGCUUGAUGGUACUGAUGCCUCUUGCACAAAUCAAGCAGCCAAUGACAUUGGGGACCAUCACCAAACGAACAGGGCCUUAUCUGUUUGGAGCGGGGUGUUUUUCCAUAAAAGCUCCAUGCAAAGUUAAACCACCUCCACAAAUUUCACCCAGCAAAUCGAUGGGCGGAGAAUUUUGUGUGGCUGCAAUGUUCGGGACAUCCAGAUCGUGGUUUGCAAAUAAUGCAGGUCUGAAAAGAGAAAAAGAUCAGUCCAAACAAGUUGUAGUUGAGUCUCUCUACAUCAUUAGCUGCUAUGGGACCUUAGUGGAGCACAUGAUGGAGCCACGGCCGCUCAGCACUGCCCCCAAGAUUAGUGAUGACACCCCACUGGAAGUGAUGACCUCACCUCGAGCCAGCUGGACCCUGGUUAGAACUCCUCAAUGGAAUGAAUUGCAACCACCAUUUAAUGCAAACCACCCUCUGCUCCUUGCUGCAGAUGCAGUCCAGUAUUAUCAGUUCUUGCUUGCUGGCCUGGUUCCCCCUGGAAGUCCAGGGCCCAUUACUCGGCAUGGGUCCUAUGACAGUUUAGCUUCUGACCAUAGUGGACAGGAAGAUGAAGAAUGGCUUUCUCAGGUAGAAAUUGUAACGCACACUGGACCCCACAGACGUCUGUGGAUGGGUCCACAGUUCCAGUUCAAAACCAUCCAUCCCUCAGGCCAAACCACAGUCAUAUCAUCCAGUUCAUCCGUGUUGCAGUCUCACGGUCCAAGUGAUACUCCACAGCCCCUUUUGGAUUUUGACACAGAUGAUCUUGAUCUCAACAGUCUCAGGAUCCAGCCGGUCCGCUCUGACCCAGUCAGCAUGCCAGGGUCAUCCCGUCCAGUCUCUGAUCGAAGGGGAAUUUCCACCGUGAUUGAUGCUGCCUCAGUUUUCCCAUGUAACUUCUACAGUCCAGAAGAUCUUUUUGAUGAUUCUUAGACACCAACUCCAUAUCUAUUUACACCUGUUACGUGGAGCUGUCUUGUCCCUGGAGCCUUUUCUGUUUCUGUCUUCUACAUAUUAUAUUUAGGAUGUAAUUACCACGCUGUAAAAUGGUUUGACAUCAUUUUGUUUUGUUUUGUUUUGUUUUUAAAGCAUUCAAGUAAAAAUUAAUUUAUUUUGAACAGCAAUUUUGAAUCAUUAAUGACUGCAUGGAGAUUAGGUCAUAAUUUUCUCACCUUGUUCAAAUAUUUAUCUCUAAUUUUUCUCCUACCAAAGUCUAGAAUUCCAAAGUGUCUUUCUUCAGUAAUUUAAUUAGGCCACAAGUUUGAGGCUUAAUGAUGGAUCAAAAAAUGUAUGAUAUGCUUGAGAGAUCAAGACAGCAAAUUGAUUACUGUUGUAGCAAACGUUGGCAAAUGUGGGAGAGGGAGCAGGUACUGCCCUGUGCUGCAGGAUCUGAGUCAAUGAUCAAGGUCAGCCUCAGUUCAUUAACUUCCUCUGAGGGCUUAUAGUCAUUGUAAAUAUGACUUCUCAUACCUUAUAUUCUAAUUACAAUAUAGUACAGUUUUGAAAUGACUUAUGUUCACUUCAAUAAUGCCAUAGAGUGAUAUAGAAUGUUGAAAGAUCUACAGUAGUGUAAGCUAACUUCUAGUCAUUUUGCCUAGUUUUCUAGUGCCUGCAAAUAGAAGAUCUCACCCCUCAAGAUGCAUGUGUUAAUAAAUGUGUCCUCAUCCACGAACACAUCAUACAGGGUCCUGUUCUAAACCUAAUUAUCUAAAAAGGUCAUCUGUUUUAAGGACCAGAAUGCAAGGAUUCUCAUUGUGCUCUCAGCUAAUACAUUAUUAAAAGUUGGAAUGUAUUUCAUGGUAAUUUUUAAGACCUUACAAUCAAGACACGUAUUUUCUCAAUAAUUCUAAUAACCAUUUCAUUCCUGUGUUUAGACAAUACCAUAUGUUGUUUCGACCAUAAAGUGCAAAAAAACAAAAACAAAAACUUUUAACUGACUUUUUAAAUAUUUCACGUGAAGCAAAAUGGUAAAUCCCUUUAAACUGAACAGUUUUUAUGAAAUCCAGAAUGAAGAUAACAUUUUGUGUGUCCAGUCCUUUGUAUAACAACUUGGUUUGGGGUUCUGCCUGUGGCUAAGCUAACUGUACUAUGAGACAGGAUUGUUUUGUGUAAGGAUUUCUUAGUGUACUUUAUAGAAAUUCUUAACAUCAACAUCCAUAAGUAUACACAAAAUCAGAAAAACCAGUAUAUUUUUUCAUUUGUUAUACAGAUGUUAAAGACAUCUGAAAAGCAGAGAGUGGUAUUGGUGAUAAGAUUAUGAAUUGGCGUUUUUUGAAGUUAAGGAUAUUUGUGGAUAUUGGACAAUUUUUUACUAAUGUCGUUUAAAAUAGAUUAUGUUCCUUUCAAUUUCUGUGAGUUAAUUUUAAUAAAGGUGAAAAAAUUAAUAUUUAUUUUCUGAGUAUUAAUUGGAUACUCCCUGCAUCGAAUUUUACAAGGCCUUCAAUGAAUGGAGGUACCAGACUUACCUUUUCACCUGAAACAGACUGGACAAUUACAUGAUACAGUGGCUUUCAAGAUACUGGAUAUCGGGUAGUUAAAGACAGUGAUCCCCAAGAAAUGGAAAACAAAUGAAGUGAGGCUCACAAUUAUACUGGCUCACUGCCAAUACAUAUUCUAAGGAGAGGUAGAUCUAGGUGGAGCACAGCAGUCUCUCUGAGUAGAAGAAAUGAACUGGGAGUUUGGGGAGGUGUAUGUUAUGCACAGGGCAGAAAACAAGAGAGCUACACGGAGAGAAAACUCUAAAAAUCUGCAGAGAUCUCUAGCCUUCAGCAGAGUCCUGCUUGACACAUGAGGAAGCUACCCAAGGCCCAGGAAGACCCACCUAAAAAGGGAAUAAUUCACUGAAAUUCACAUAGGACUGAAAAGAAGUUUCUGUUCCCACCAACCACAUGGGAAGUCUUAUCAUUUAUAGGCAAAUGGGGAGAAUACUCAGAAGGGUUUUUGUCUCCACAGUGGGGCAGAAUUUUUCCUAUAGUAUUUUCCUAGACUGUUCCAGGCCUGCCUAACAAAGCUUAAAAGCACAUCAUAAUCAAAUUACUUAGAGCCAGUGAUAAAGAGAAAAACAUUGUAAGCUUUUUAUACUAUAUAUGACGUGUUAUAAUAUUCCUUAAGGGCAAACUUUGAUAAAUACAAAUAUAUGAUAUAAACCCUAAAGUAACCACUGAAGUACCAAGGAUUUAUAUAGCUGAUAAGGCAACAAAUGAGAUCAAAGGAAUCAUAAAAAUAUUCAAUCCAAAAGAAGAGAGAGGAAGAAAAAAAAAAGGAAAAAAAAACCAUAUGGGCAAAUAGAAAACAUAUAGCAAUAUAGUUGAUUUAAAACAAAAUCUCAUUAAGUAUAAGUGGCCUAAUGCCCAAUUAAAAGACAUAAGUUAUGAACUUGGCUAAAAAAGGAAGAUUCCACUGUAUGCUACCUAUAAGAAACCCACUUAAAUAUAAAGACAUAAAUAGGAUAAAAGUAAAGGUGUGGAAGUAACAAUAUACUAUAUUAACACUAAUCAAAAGAAAACAGUAAAGUUUCUAUAAUAGACAAAGUAGACUCCAAAAGAAAGAAUAUUAGUACAGAAUAAGGGAAUAUUCAUAGUAUAAGGGUGUUAAUUCAUGAAGAGGAUCUAUCAAUUCUAAAUAUUUAUGUGCCUCAUUACAAGAGCUUUAAAACCUAUGAAACAAAAAUGAACUGUAAGCAAAAUUAGGCAAACACAGAAUUAUAGUUGGGGAUUUCAAUAUCCCUCUCUCAGUAAUUGAGAGAGAGACAGACAGACAUGGAAGGACAUGGAAGACUUGAGUAACACUAAUGGCCAACUUAGUCUAAUUGAUAUCUAUCUCUAUACAGGUAUAUGUCUCUUUCACCACCACCAGCUGAACCACCUUCUUUUCAAGGCAUACAGAAUAUUUAUGAUGAUAACCCAUAUUCUGAACCAUAAAACAAGCCUCAAUAAAUUUAAAGAAUUUAAAUUAUACAAAGUAUGUUCUCUGACCACAAUGCAGUAAGUUAGAAAUCAAUAACCAUACAAUAUUUGGAAGAACAUUCAAAUAUUUGGAAACUAACACUUCUAAACUAAUGGGUCUAAGAAGAAAUUUAAAAAUUAGAAUUUAUUUUGAACUGGGUGAAAAUUAAGACACAGCAUAUCAGAAUUUGUGGAAUGUACUAAAGCAGUACUUAGAGGAAAAUGUAUAGCACUAAAUGGCUAUGUUAGGAAGUAAGAAAGAUCUCAACUCAAUCAUCUUAGUUCCUAUCUUAAUAAGCUAGAGUAAGGAUCAAAGUGUAAGUCAAAUAAAUGAAAACUGAAAAACAAUAGAGAAAAUCAGUAUAAGACUAAUUUCAUAGCUUUUACACUGAAAGUAUGGUGCAUAACAGAAAAAAUUGAUAAAUUGAACAUCAAAAUUAAGAACCUCAGUUCUUUUAAUGAUACUGUUAAAUGGAAUGCCACAUAUGAGGAGAAAAUAUUAAUGAAAGCCAUACAUUAGGGGAAAAUAUUCUCAAAUCACAUAUAUGGUAAAAGAAAAUGUAAAUAUAUAAAAACUCAAAACUCAAUAACAAGAAAACCACCAAAGAAAAAUUGGGCAAGUGAUCUGAAUAGAUUUCACUGAAGAAGAAAUGCGGAUGG